CUCGUUCGCUCCGGUUCAACAUCGGUUCAACAUCGGUUCACUGUGAAUGCACAUAUCACCACCAUCGUAACCUAACCUAAUUCCAAGUCCAUAUCGGCUCCAUUCUUGAGCGUUCCGGAUGGCGCUGUCAGAAGAACAUCUUCCGCGCAGGCGCAGGGAGGAGCUCUGGCUUCUCGUGCUGUCGUUGUGCACGGCGACGGCAUCUCGGGAUGCCAAGAGGCUCCACGAUGAUCUCUUGAGUGACUACAACCGACUCAUUCGCCCUGUGGGCAAUCACUCCCAUAAGGUCACUAUCGUAGUUGGUCUCAAGCUGUCCCAGCUCAUCGACAUCAACCUCAAGCAUCAGGUGAUGACUACAAACAUCUGGCUCGAGCAAGAAUGGGAAGAUUACAAGCUCAAGUGGAACCCCGAAGAGUAUGGCGGUGUGGACAUGAUUCAUGUACCCGCAGAGAGUCUCUGGUUGCCAGACAUCGUCCUCUUCAAUAACGCCGACGGCAAUUACGAAGUGAUCCUGAUGAACAAAGCGACCGUGUAUUCGACUGGCAAAGUGAUCUGGAAACCGCCCGCGCUUUACAAGAGCACCUGCGAGAUAGACGUGGAAUACUUUCCUUUUGAUGAACAAAACUGUCUCAUGAAAUUUGGCUCGUGGACUUACGACGGGAUGGAAGUGGACCUGGUCCACGUGAAACAACAUCCGGGUUCUACUGUUGUUGAAACGGGCAUCGACAUGAGCGAAUUCUACAAGAGCGUCGAGUGGGACAUUCUUUUGGUACCCGCAAAGUACAACAAUGAAUUCUACGAUUGCUGCGAAGAACCCUUUCCGGACAUCACUUUCAACAUCACCAUGCGCCGAAAGACUCUUUUCUACACUGUGAAUCUUAUCAUCCCUUGUGUGGGUAUCUCCUUCCUGACUGUCCUAGUCUUCUACUUACCCUCCGACUCUGGAGAGAAAAUCACCUUAUGCAUCUCCAUCCUAGUGUCCCUGACCGUGUUCUUUCUCCUCCUCGCCGAGAUUAUCCCACCUACGUCCUUGGCAGUUCCCUUACUGGGAAAGUAUCUCCUCUUUACGAUGAUCCUAGUCACCUUGUCCAUAUCUGUGACCGUUGGUGUUUUGAAUGUUCACUUCCGGUCGCCAUCCACUCACAAGAUGGCACCCUGGGUGAGACGAGUGUUCAUACAUGUGAUGCCAAGACUUCUGCUUAUGCGGAGACCUGCCUACAAGACGACAGAGGACGAAGACCAAGUACCAAAGUUGGAUCCACUUCAAUUGGGGAGGAUGCGUCCUGAAGUGUCCACGGGGGAUCUGCUGGGAUCCGGCGCUCCUCGUCAAUAUGCGCCGGAGAUGCAGAAGGCGAUUGAGAGUAUUCUCUUCAUUGCUGAACAUAUUCGGAAAGAAGACGAAGAUGAAAGCGAUUGUGAGGACUGGAAGUACGUGUCCAUGGUCCUCGAUCGCCUCUUCCUCUGGAUCUUCACCCUGGCCUGCCUUGUGGGAACCUGCGGAAUCAUCCUUCAGGCCCCGUCCCUCUACGAUGACCGGGUUCCCAUCGAUGUCCAAAUGUCGCAGAUCGGUCGCGAAUCCUUCGUUCAUUCGCCCUAAAUGGUAUACCGUACGCGACCGUUUCUCAGGGCAACUUCUCCCGUCACAUCGGCUGCACUUUCAAAGAGUGUUUUUGACUUCUUCUUCUUCUGCUGCAGAAAUCCCCGACUACGAGACACUAGCUUCCAGAGUACUUCCAGACGGUUCUCAGUCGCCGACCGUCGUUAAAAAAAAAGUGCGCUUACUAUACAUAAUUCAGGGGAAUAUUGUUUGCUGCACAGCUUGCAUUCUUAAAGCACAGGUGGGUGAAACAGCUUGCAUAGAGGUGGGCUCGCUCUUAGCCAGUCACCAUCCCGAAUGACAUCCAUCCUUGAUUGGUUAAAAACGGGAGGAGUGGUCAUUCACCGUGGGUAAUAGCCGAAAGUUGGAUUGAUCCCUGACCUGGCGUGCUUUCUUUCAUUUCAAAUUCACCGACUUGAACUAUGACAGAAAGACGAUACGCAUGGAAAGACAAUAAGUGUUCCUGUAUGAUAAAGGAAGAUUAUCAAAGGUGACGCACUUUGAAAUUUAUCCCAUCGAACGUAGCAUGGUUGAUAUAAGGUUUCAACUCCGCAGAAUAUAAUGUCCUUUAUUUUGCAGCUGGGGACAGCCCUUCAAAGGCAGCUACACUUUCUAUCCAUUGAAUCGAGUGUAACAUUUAAUACAUGUAUAGUCUCUUA